AUGGCCACCGCCGCCCAGGCUCGCCUCGAGAUCGCUCUGCGGCGCGUGCUCGAUCUGGACUGCGGCGAGCUGCCAGCUGACAGAGCAGUGCGCCGCGCGGGCGCUCCCGCCACGCAGACUAAUGCCACCCUCGACGCCCUCAAAGCAGCCAUAGACGAGCUGCAAGCGGCCUCGCGCGCCGCCCCGGACACGCCGCUGCCGCCGCAGCUGCUCUCGGCGCUGCAGCGCGCGCUCGCCGAGGGCUGCAGGCGGGGCGGCGACAGGCGCGCGCGGCUGCGUCGGUGCUUCGCCGCGGCGAUGGCCGUGAGGGGGCUGCUGGAGGGGUUCAAGGAUCAUCAGGCCUGCGCAAACCAGGCUGGCCACCGGCGGCAGCAGCUGCUCAGCACCGGCGGCCCGCGCGUCGCCGCGCGCGCCGCGUGCGAGCCCGGGCUGCUUCUCGUGGCGGUGCGGGUGGCGGGCGGCGCCGAGCACGCCAAGGCAGGCGCGGCUUUGGGGUUCCUGGCGGCUUUGCUGCAGGAGCUGGGCCGCGCCGAGGCCGGCCGGACAGGGCCCGCAGAGAUCGGAGAGUCCGAGCUUGCGCUCGCGAACGUGGCGGCGGCGACGCCGGCCAUCGCAGACGCGGCGGCGCGGGGCGUCGUGCGGCUUGAGUUGACGGAAUAUGUAGGGUCGGCCGUCAGCCUGCUGGGCAUCCUCUUGCGCCCCGCUGGCACGCGGCCCGCCGCGGCGCGCGCGGCGCGUGAUGCGCGCGCGGUGCCCGCGCUGCUGCGGCUGAUGAGUCGUCCGGACAGCUUGGAGUCGGCGAGUUGCAUAGCGUUCCUCAGCCGCGUCGAGCCAGGUCGCGCCGAGCUCAUGAACCUGCGCCCCGCCGUCUUUGCCACCCUCGCCGCCGCGCUGCGGCGCACGGCCGCCGCUGGCGCCGGCGACCGCGCCCCAAGCAACGCGGCGUGCGUGGUGCGGGCGGUGGCUGAGCUCAUUCGAGGGGACGAGGCGGCUGCGGCGGCGUUCCUGGAUAUCGCCCUCCCGGGCGGCGUUUUGCCAGCGCUCGCUCACCAUAUCUACAACCCCGACAGCGGCAUGUGCCACGGUGCAGCCGAGGUCGCCGCCGCCUUGGCAGAGGCCGCGGACGCGUCCGGCCCGGAGCGGCUCGCCGCCGUCGCCGCCGCGCCGGGCCUGCUGACAGCGGCCGCGACGGCGCUGGCGCGCGUGUUGACGUCGUCGCCGAGUGCCUCAUGCGGGGUGUGUCUCCAGGCGCACGAGGAGUUGUCGCCGUCGGAAUUUGAUGAGACAGUCACGUCGACAGUAGGCGACUUGGUCGUGUGCCUCUACCGCCUGACUGCGGCCGGCGCGGCCGCUGCAGCGUCGUUAGUUGGCGUCGAGGGCCUGGAGGCGGCGCUGGCGGCGGUGGCGGCGAAUCCUGCGGCGUGGCCGCGCAUGGAUGAUACCGCUGCGGCGCCGCGCGUGCUGCUGCGGCUGCGCGCCGCGGCCGCUGCGCAGGCGCCGGCUACGGAGGCGGCUGCGGAGGCGGCUGCGGAGCCGGCGGCGGAGCCGGCGGCUGGGGAGGCGCGGGGCGAGGCGCUGCUGGCUGCGGAAUGCGCCGCGUGCCGCAGGACGCAGGCAGAGGAGGGCGUGAGGCUGCGGCUUUGCCGCGGGUGUAGGGCUGUCAGGUACUGCAGCGAGGCCUGCGCCAGGAAGGACUGGGUCGAGGGCAGCCACAAGCAGGCGUGCAAGGCGGUCAAGGGGGCCGAAAAGGCGCCCGUGGCGGCAGACAACACAAGCCUGAGCAGGCGCCCUGUAGUAUAG